GCCGCGGCGCAAUGCGGAAGAGAUGGACGCGCCGGAGCGGAAGUGACGGUUGAGGUGGCGGCGGCCGCGGAAGGAGGAGGAGCCGGAGGAAGAGGGCUGCCUCCGAAGAAAGGAGAAUGGCGUUCAGCAAAGGAUUUCGGAUCUAUCACAAAUUGGAUCCCCCACCUUUCAGCCUCAUAGUGGAAACCAGGCACAAGGAAGAAUGUCUCAUGUUCGAGUCUGGGGCUGUAGCGGUGCUCUCAUCAGCAGAAAAAGAGGCAAUCAAGGGUACAUACUCCAAAGUUCUAGAUGCCUAUGGACUUUUAGGUGUUUUACGAUUAAAUCUUGGUGAUAUUAUGUUACAUUAUCUGGUCCUAGUCACUGGAUGUAUGUCUGUUGGGAAAAUUCAAGAAUCUGAAGUUUUCCGAGUUACUUCCACUGAAUUUAUGUCACUGCGAGUUGAUUCUUCGGACGAGGAUCGCAUUUCGGAAGUGCGAAAAGUUUUAAAUUCAGGAAACUUUUAUUUUGCAUGGUCUGCAUCCGGAGUCAGUUUGGAUCUGAGUCUUAAUGCCCACCGUAGCGUGCAAGAACACACAACUGACAAUAGAUUUUUCUGGAAUCAGUCUUUGCACUUGCAUCUCAAGCACUACGGUGUGAAUUGUGACGACUGGUUAUUACGCCUCAUGUGUGGGGGAGUAGAAAUCAGAACAAUUUAUGCUGCUCAUAAACAGGCAAAGGCUUGCCUCAUUUCCAGACUGAGCUGUGAACGAGCUGGGACCAGGUUUAACGUCCGGGGAACAAAUGAUGAUGGUCACGUCGCCAAUUUUGUAGAAACGGAACAGGUUGUGUACUUAGAUGACUCUGUUUCUUCCUUCAUACAAAUCCGGGGAUCUGUCCCAUUGUUCUGGGAGCAACCAGGAUUGCAGGUGGGAUCCCAUCGUGUUCGUAUGUCAAGGGGAUUUGAAGCCAAUGCACCCGCUUUUGACAGGCAUUUUAGGACACUUAAGAAUUUGUAUGGUAAACAAAUAAUAGUAAAUCUGCUUGGAUCUAAGGAAGGUGAACAUAUGCUAAGUAAGGCUUUCCAGAGUCAUCUGAAAGCUUCUGAACAUGCUGCUGAUAUCCAGAUGGUGAAUUUUGACUAUCAUCAAAUGGUUAAAGGAGGAAAGGCAGAAAAAUUACAUAGUGUUCUUAAACCUCAAGUCCAAAAGUUUCUGGAUUAUGGAAUUUUUCAUUUUGAUGGAAGUGAAGUUCAAAGGUGCCAGAGUGGUACAGUUCGAACAAACUGCUUGGAUUGUCUUGACAGAACAAAUAGUGUGCAGGCAUUCCUUGGAUUAGAGAUGCUGACUAAACAGUUGGAAGCUCUUGGUUUAGCUGAAAAGCCUCAGUUGGUGACUCGCUUUCAAGAAGUUUUUCGAUCAAUGUGGUCUGUGAAUGGUGAUUCAAUAAGUAAGAUUUAUGCAGGAACUGGAGCCCUUGAAGGAAAGGCUAAGGCUGGAAAGUUAAAAGAUGGUGCUCGUUCAGUUAGUAGAACAAUUCAGAAUAACUUCUUUGACAGCUCCAAGCAAGAAGCAAUUGAUGUUUUGCUCCUGGGAAAUACUCUAAAUAGUGAUUUAGCUGACAAAGCUCGAGCCCUUUUAACUACUGGAAGUUUGCGUGUUUCUGAACAGACAUUACAGUCAGCAUCUUCUAAAGUCCUAAAGAGCAUGUGCGAGAAUUUCUACAAGUAUUCAAAGCCCAAGAAAAUUCGAGUAUGUGUGGGCACCUGGAACGUGAAUGGCGGGAAGCAGUUUCGCAGCAUAGCUUUUAAGAAUCAGACCCUUACGGACUGGCUUCUUGAUGCCCCCAAGUUAGCUGGCAUCCAGGAGUUUCAAGAUAAAAGAAGUAAACCAAUGGAUAUAUUUGCAAUUGGUUUUGAGGAAAUGGUAGAGUUGAAUGCUGGAAACAUUGUGAAUGCAAGCACAACAAAUCAGAAACUCUGGGCUGUGGAACUUCAGAAGACCAUCUCCAGAGACAACAAGUAUGUACUGCUGGCCUCUGAGCAGUUGGUGGGCGUCUGUCUGUUUGUUUUUAUCAGACCACAGCACGCUCCAUUCAUCAGGGAUGUUGCGGUUGAUACUGUGAAAACUGGAAUGGGAGGUGCAACUGGAAAUAAGGGAGCAGUUGCGAUACGGAUGCUGUUCCACACCACAAGCCUCUGCUUUGUCUGCAGCCACUUCGCUGCAGGGCAGUCCCAGGUCAAAGAGCGAAAUGACGAUUUUGUAGAAAUAGCUCGGAAGUUGAGUUUUCCAAUGGGAAGGCUGCUCUUCUCCCAUGACUAUGUGUUUUGGUGUGGUGAUUUCAACUACCGAAUCGAUCUCCCUAAUGAGGAAGUGAAGGAGCUUAUCAGACAGCAAAACUGGGAUUCUCUUAUUGCAGGAGAUCAGCUUAUCAAUCAGAAAAAUGCUGGACAGAUUUUUAGAGGAUUUUUAGAAGGAAAAGUGACCUUUGCUCCAACGUAUAAAUAUGACUUGUUUUCUGAUGACUACGAUACUAGUGAAAAGUGCCGCACCCCUGCAUGGACAGACCGUGUCCUCUGGAGAAGACGGAAGUGGCCUUUUGAUAGAUCAGCUGAAGAUUUAGAUCUCCUAAAUGCUAGUUUUCAAGAUGAAAGCAAAAUCCUCUACACUUGGACUCCUGGCACUUUGCUGCACUAUGGAAGGGCCGAGCUAAAGACUUCUGACCAUAGGCCUGUCGUUGCCCUGAUCGAUAUUGAUAUAUUUGAAGUUGAAGCUGAAGAGAGGCAAAACAUUUAUAAGGAAGUAAUCGCAGUUCAGGGUCCACCAGAUGGCACGGUGCUGGUCUCAAUCAGGAGCUCUUUACCGGAAAAUAAUUUUUUCAACGAUGCUUUGAUUGAUGAGCUUUUACAGCAGUUUACAAAUUUUGGUGAAGUUAUACUCAUAAGAUUUGUGGAAGAUAAAAUGUGGGUUACAUUUUUGGAGGGAAGCUCUGCCUUGAGUGUUCUGAACCUGAAUGGGAAAGAGUUAUUGGGUAGGACUAUAACAAUUACUUUAAAAAGUCCAGACUGGAUCAAAACUUUGGAAGAAGAAAUGAGCUUAGAGAAAAUCAACGUCCCCUUGCCAUCAUCAACCAGCUCAACCCUCCUAGGUGAAGACGCAGAGGUCACUGCCGACUUCGAUAUGGAAGGUGAUGUGGAUGACUAUAGUGCUGAGGUAGAGGAGAUCCUUCCUCAGCAUCUCCAGCCGUCUUCCAGUUCUGGCCUUGGCACGUCCCCCAGUUCUUCACCCCGGACCAGUCCCUGCCAGUCACCUACCAUAUCGGAGGGACCCGUGCCUUCCCUCCCAGUGAGACCAAGUCGAGCUCCGUCCAGAACACCCGGGCCCCCUGCUUCACAGAAUUCUCCUGUAGACGCCCUGCCAGCAACACAGCUACAGCAGAAAGAGUCUUCCCAGACCCUGGAACCCAAGCGGCCUCCCCCUCCCCGCCCGGUUGCUCCUCCCGCACGUCCAGCUCCCCCACAACGACCGCCUCCGCCUUCAGGGGCUAGGAGUCCUGCACCUGCUAGAAAAGAGUUUGGAGGUGGUGGAGCCCCUCCCAGUCCGGGGGUAGCUAGGCGAGAGAUGGAAGCGCCCAAAAGCCCUGGAACAACACGGAGAGAUAAUCUAGGACGCAGCCAGCCUCCACCUCAAGCCGGACUGCCAGGCCCGGGACUUGCCGGACACAGUGCAGCCAGACCGAUUAUUCCACCCCGUGCUGGAGUCAUCAGCGCCCCCCAGAGCCACGCACGGGCAUCUGCUGGGAGACUGACUCCUGAAAGCCAAAGCAAACCCUCAGAAGUACAGAAAGGGCCAGCUCUUCUUCCUGAACCCCUGAAGCCUCAGGCCGCCCUUCCUGUGCCGCCUUCUCUGCCGCCACCUCUUCAGAAGAUGCAGGAGCCUCUCAUCCCAGUGGCCGCACCUCUGACCCAGGCUGCCCUGCAGCCCAGCCUGGAAACGCCCCCACAGCCGCCCCCUCGGAGCAGGUCGUCCCACAGCUUGCCUUCUGAACCUCCUGAGUUCUCAGAGAGUGACCCUAGAUUAGGGCUCUUUCCCUAAAGGCUGUUUUCCCUAAAACUUCCAAAUGGCUCCCAGGCUGUUUUGCCUUGUUUAAAGCGUAGGUGAUUUUUUUGGUUUUUCUGUGUAUAAUUUACUUUGGAUACUUAAUUAGAAUGGACAGUAAUAAUUUAGUUUCUUUUUGUUCACAGCUAUUAGAUUAGUUUUGACCUUUACCUCCUGGACAGAAAGGCAGUCAGGUCAGUCCCUGGCCAUUGGCAGUAAAUUUCCAAUAAUCCUGUUUCUCCUGAUGCUGCAGUUAGGUCUUUUCUGUGAUGGAGCUGGCACUGGGCUUCCUUGGGGAUCUCUAACAGUUUCAGAUACUACUGGAUCCAUUUAGAUGUUUCAGGCAUGCAGCAGUAGGCUUAUUCGCCAAAGUAAAAACCAUGUUCUCAUGAGUAUCGCAUAGAAAAUAGUGCCAUUGCCUUGGUGAGUGGAAAUCACAGGGUCACAGGGACUUCUGUUAUCCCAGAGUGAUCUCACAUUGGAAAGCCUUCUGGUGUGUAUACACAAAGUUGUUUCAACACAAGGAUAUUCAUGCAAAUUGAAUUGUUUUACGUGGAGGCUGUUUUACUUAGUUUUUAUUAUAUACAUCUCAGUAAAAUCAUUAAAAUAAGGUUUAUCUUUAGUAAAAGUUUAUCUUUAGUAUAAGGCUUAUCUUUUUAUUUGUGUUGUCUAGCCUCACAUUGAAUUUUAUCAAAAAGUUUUAACUUGAAAAUUCCAUCAAGGUCAAAGAAGUGAAGUUUGAGUCUGCUUUUAUUUUGGAAUAGUCUAAAAUACAGAACUGUUACACUGGUGAUGUCCCUUAAGCAUGUUUAUAAUAAUAGUUUGCAUUUAUUUUUACAGGUAUAUGAGUAUGUCCAGCUAGUUGGCAGAAGUUAGCAGUUUCUAUGCUUCUUCAUAGUGAAAAACAGAUUAUAAAGUAAAUACGAAUCUUGAAACAAUAUGAAUAUUGUUAGUAAUGAGCACUUAUUAGACUAUUGGUCCCAUUUUUUAAAAAGCUACGACAGAUAUAUAAUUAAGAAUAAUAUUCUCUUAAGCUAAUUAACACCAAAAAGUAUUCUGUAGUUGACAGUGCUGAGGAUAUAUAGUAAUUAUAUAGAAGUCCUUCAAACAAUAAAUGUCCAUUAUUUUCUCUGUGCCAAUCUACUUUUAGUGCAUGAUGAUUUUUUUCUUUUCAUUUUCUUGUAAGGUGUAGCAUUAUAUUUAUUAUUUAUUUAUUUAUUUAUUUAUUUUUAGUGUAAUCGGGGGGCAAGAAACUUUCAAAGAAGCCAUCUUAGAGCUUUGUAUUAGUACAGUUUUAGGACAGAAGGUGAUCAUGAUUUUCACAGUAAAGUUGAACCCUAAUUCCUAAAAUUCUGUAAGAUGUUUUCUGUAUUGAAAAUAGGUGUGGUACUUUGAACAGCUUCAGAAAGAACACACUGUCAAGGAAGAUUGUAGUUCUCAGCAGAAAGUCAUCUUAUGACACAAAUAGUAUAGGAUGAAUAUUCCAUGACUGCCAUGUAUCAUUUUCUUAGGUCAUUUUCCCAUGUUUUGCUUUCUGAUUUUCAUUGGAAUUGGUAUGAUGAUUUGGUGACAAAGCACAGCAAGCCUGUGCUUUGUGUGUGUGUAUUCUUGACUCUUAUAUUCUGGUCAUUAAAACUGUGAAAGGUGUUUGUUUUAAGCCUUUUUUUUGCCUCAGUCGUUGAUAUCAAAUCUCUCUACACGUUAUAUACACAGACCCACUUUUCUGGGGUGUGGAGGUCUUGCUCAUGUGUAGACUGCCUUUGUGAAAGAUCACAAAGAGCUUAGUUUCCUCCUGGGAGCUUACAGUCAGAAAGAGAGGGAGGCAUUUUACUUUUUGUGCCUUUUUAACUUUGAACCAUAAAAAUAAUGCCUAUUCAAAAAAUAAUAAACAUCUAAAGUUUUAAAAAUUCUUCUAUAGUGGCUAUAACUCGAAAAGGGUAAGUUAGUAAAAUAACUCACAUUUUAAUAUUUUGGUAGUAAUAUGAAAUAGUCUUAGAAUUUAACACUUAGUAAUUUUUACACAUCUUUAUUACUUCUGCCAAAAAUAUACAAGGUAUUUAAAACAUAGAAACACACAUGACCCAGCUUUACUUGUUAUUACUAUUUAAGUUCUUUGAUUCUAUAAUUCUGAAUAGAAAAGAUUCUUCUAAUUCAAAUGAUUAUAUGUUAUAUAUCCUUUAGAAAAUGUACAAAUGCUCCACUUAUCUGACUUUCAGUGUCUUAGUCAUCUGAUUAACAGCUGAAAACCAGAAGUCAGGAAUCCAAUGGGAAGUAAAGUAAUAGCAUCACAGCUAUACUAUUGAAGUUAUAGCUGACAGUGAGAGAAGAGACCAAGUAGAAAAUCUCAGGACUUCCCUGGCAGUCCAGUGGUUAAGACCCCGUGCAUACUCUGCAGAGGGCACGGGUUUGAUCCCUGGUCAGGGAACUAAGAUCCUGCAUGCUUCACAGCACAGCCAAAAAAGAAAAAAAAUCUCAGCUUUCUGGAUCAAUUUAAUACCACCCCCUUGCAUCUUAGUAUAAACCCAUUCCCAGUUUUUAUCCAAGUCUUCCAAACUAAUGUAUCAGGAUUAUCAAGAAAGGUUAAAUUGAGGAGUCUCAUGUUUUGUAGUAACACAUUUUAUAUAAUAUAUAACAAAUACAUUAUUUAUAAAAUAAUUUAUUUUAGCAUGGUGUCUCUCUAUACUGUCUAAGUGAGUUUUGGUAUUUUAAAAUAAGGUAAGCUUUAAAUAUUGGGGAAGAUUUAUUCAAACUUUCUUAAGAAUACUGUAAUUUUUUAAAGUACUGCUACUAUAUUAUAGAUUGUGAUUUCAUCUUUAGUAUCACCCUUCAGAAAAUUUGAGUGAUAGAGUAAUAGAACAAGCCUGGAUCCUAACCAUGUUAAAAUAAAUACUAGUUUUCACUUUUCCACAAAGUGGUGCCAUUUUGUACAAUUUCUCUAAUCAUGAUAAACCCAUAGACUUGUCUUAAGGCUGUGUCCUAACCUUUUUGGGCUGCCGUAACAAAAUACCAUGAACUGGGUGACUCGGGCAGUAGAAAUUUGUGUUCUCAAGUUCUGGAGGCUAGAAGCCUGAGAUCAGGAUGCCAGCAUGGUUGGGUUUCUGCCAGGGCCUCUUCUCCUGUGUCCACAUGGCCUUUCCUUGGUGCUUGCACAAGGGAAGAAAGAGCAAGCCCUCUGGUGUGUCUCCUCCAAAGGGUGCUAGUUCCAUCGAGAGGGCCCACUCUCAUGACCUCAUCUAACCCCAGUCACCUCCCAGAGGCCACGUCUCCAAAUACCAUCAUAUAAAGGAGGUUGGGGUUCAUUCAGCAUACGAAUCUGGGGGGGACACAAACAUUUCAUCCAUGGCCUGCUGAAAAUACUUCAGUGCUCCAAUAAUGUAUUUGGAAUAUUAUUUUUAGAAUGACUACUUUGAACUAGUUAGUAACCAACCUCAGACAAAAUUAAGUCCUGAGCCCUAUUACAGCAGUACAUUUUAUUGUCUCUUGAUCUUAUACUGUGACGUGCAGAUCUCACUGCUCUUGGAUUUUGUACAUAAUAUAAAACUGAAAGUGUUUUGAAGACUGAAUUGUUAGGGUUGCUGGUUGGUCUCAGAUUGUCCUCCUAACUCUUUCCCUUUUCCCUUGAUGUCUGUGUUUCGUUUCUCAAAGCAGGAGCAACCAUCAGGGUAACAGGUGAAAACAAACGGAGUCUCCACCGUCAGACUGGACUCGCCAUUAAAGAGUGACCCAUUUGAGGACUUGUCAUUGACCCUGCUUGCUGUGUCAAAGGCUCAGCCAUCUGUUCACACCCCAAGCCCAAGGGGGCUGACGCCGUUGCCUUCUGCAACCCCAAGUAACGCAAACACUCUGAGUUCUGUAAGCUGCAUGCCGACAAUGCCUCCAAUUCCAGCCCGGAGUAAAUCCCAGGAAAACAUGCGACGUUCCCCAAAUCCAUUCAUCCCAAGCUCAAGCAGCACAAAUCCUUUUACUGACAGGACUGCCGUUCCCAGAAACCCAUUUCGAGCUGAGUCUCAAGAAUCAGAGGCCACUUCAUGGUUCUCCAAAGAAGAGCCUGUUGCUCAGAGUCCAUUCUCUUCGCUGAGGCCUCUGGGUCAGAACAGUAGCAAGCCUUCAUCCUCCCUGGAUGGGUUUAAGGACAGUUUUGAUCCGCAGGGCCCGCCUGUACUAACAGUCAGCAACCCCAAAGGAUGGGUAACCUUCGAGGAGGAAGAGGACUUUGCUGUGACAGGGAAGUCAGGGUCCACUCGUCCAGAUGUUUUCCUGGGUAAGCAGCCGAGCUCAUCUCCUGGCUCCAAGGUGACGCUUGCUGAUGACUGGGGUACAAGUACCAAUGUGUCUUUCUGUGUGUUGCCAGCAAGAAGACCACCCCCACCGCCUGUCCCUCUGCUCCCACCUGGCACCACCCCUCCCGCAGACCCUUUCACAGCCCUGGCCUCUAAGGUAUCACCCACACUAGACUUGACGGAAAGAUAAAGUCACACAGUAGAGAGCAGUUGUCCCUUUAGUUUUGGCAGGGUAGAGCCAAGAGAUUUGGGCAUUCGUUAUUCAUGAUGUGCAAUAAGUAAUUGUUAAGUGCACUGAUGUUGUCCUGAAAUACCACUAUUUAAUGUGUACAGAGUUGGAAUAUGUGUAUAUCAGAAAUAAGGAAAAAUCUUUCUCAUUAUUAACUGGAAUUUUGGUGUGUUUCUGUUUGGAUAAAUAAGAGAGUAGAAGCCAUAAAAAGUGCUCGAAGCUACUUUAGAAAAGUCCUCAUUCAGACAUUCUUCAUCAGUCUCCUUUAAAGCAUCUCAAAAAGCCCAGACAACUUCUAGCUGACAUUGCUGCCAGCCCUUUGCUACUUGUUAACAAUUGGUGUUUAUAAGUAUUUACCAAAGAGCCAUCAAAGGUACACUGAAACAGAAUUUAGAAAGACAUUGCUUUAAAAAAAACAGUGUAUACACACACAAACACACAAAUGUAUACACUUACAUACUGGUAAAUUGCAUCACUUAAAUUCUAGGGUAUAAGUCAGACUAAAUUUUUACCUAAAAGUUGUAACAGAGUUCUCUUUUCCAUAUAAUCAAAUGGAUGGCUGAAAAUGAAAUUUGGAUAUUUCCAUUAUCUUUCUUUCCAAAACUAGAGUAAUCUCACAAUGGAACCAGAAUUUGCCCCCAUUGCCACCCCUUCUGGACACCCAUACCACACACCCCCUUGUCACUCUGCUCCCACACCUCUGCCUGCUUUUCUGGGGGAAGAGCUUCUUGCAGCCGGAAGUAGCAUAUUGUGUGGACCGACCCUCCUGCCCUUUCAAAAAAGCACGCUGCCCACAGAUGUCAGGAAGGCACGUGCCACCAAGUUCAAUGAGAAGUAAAUGAGAGUUAAAGGUCCAUGAAGGUGUCCGAGGCCCCAUGGCCUUCCUCACUUCUCAAGCUGGUGAGCCAGGCAGCGCCCACCCUGGGGGUCGCUGAACUGGAAUCUACCGUGUGUUCUCUCCCCCAUCUGUGAUGCUGCUUUACGUUCUUAGAGGCUACACUUCAAAUUAGCUGUGGAUUUUGUCUCCUGCACUGCCAGUAUGCAGCUGAUCCUGCUUUUGGUUAAUUUUAUGAAGACGUUCAUAAUUUCUACAGAAUGUAGUAUUUUGAUAUCAUUGAGGAAUCCUAAUCAGAAAAUUCCUGGAGCAAUAGUUGUUUUGCUGUCAGUUUGAAAUCACCUUUACCCAUUAUAUUAGCAUUCCUUUUAUACAAACAGUUGUAAAUGUCACCUGAAUUCCAUUGUCCACAUUUAACCUUUAACACGUGCAUUGGGGGAAUAUCAGAAAAUGGAGUUAACGGCUAAGAAUACAUAAGAUGUAGAAAAGCACAGCAAGCUGCGUCGCACUUAACCACAUAAAGCAAAUCUAUUAGGAAAAAAGCACUUUUCUAAAUGCUCAAAUGUUAUCAGAAUACUAUAUUUAUAAAAGUAAUUCUCUCUCUAUUAACAGCCAGGACUUGCUGUUAGAAAUAACUCUUGUGAGUUUUAUAUUGCGCUUUUUGGGGGGUUCUAAUCAUUUCAGCAGUAGUAUAUUUUAAACAGCAGUAUUACUAUAAGCAGUGUGCUUCAAAAUGUGAAUUAACUUGUUGAAACUGUGGCUUUAACAUCUGUGUGAUUAGUGUAUACGGUAUUUGCUCUCCGUUAGGAAAAUAACUCAUUAUAAACUUUAGUGCAACUGCAGUUCUGUGAGCAGUGUUUCCCAUUGAAUAGAAACUACUGUCUAAAAUAUACAUAUCAAGCAGCAGCUCAGCCUUUGUCAGGAAAUUCUAUUGAUACUUGGCAAGUUGCUGAAAAAGGGCACAAAGUUAUGACAGACAGUUAAAGGUAUGCUGCAAUAACUAGCCAUUAUUCUGCAUAUUAUUAAAAUAUUGACCAGUUCUGUUAAAAGCAGAGCAGAAGCUAGACACUAAGGAUCUCUGUGAAUUCUUUGUUCUCUAUAGUAGAUUGCUGUUUAUAUGUAAGAAUUUUAUUGCUUAUGUGGCACACAGUAUUUAUAACUAUAUACUUUAUAGGAGUACAGUAUUAAAGUCGGUGGCAUAUAAUCACUGAACAUAUCCUGUGAAAUGUGCUGUCAUAUGAAAUAAAUAUACCUGUCUUUACCA